AUGGUGGUUCUCGGCUUGCAGGGAUCGAGCCAUGAGACCCUUCAGGAGGUGCGAAGGCAAAGCAUCAACGAGGCCGAUCAGCGCAGGCAGCGCGGCCCGUUUCGGGCAUUCUGUGGGCACAGCCUUGCAGCUGGCAUCGCCGCUUGGACAGCCGUGCUUCAGUUGGGUGGACGGCGCUGCGCCAUCGCUCGGUCCGCGAGUCGGCGCCCGGUGGCCGCAAGGCGCAGUCAGCGGCGAGCGGCGCGCUCGGCGCCGAGGCGACGCCAGAAGGACGGCAGCACGGAGAAGGUUGUUGUACAGCACAAGGAGCCCAUGGUGUCCAUGCAGGGGCAGGACCUCCUUGUCGGAUCCAAGACGCCUGCAGAGAAUGCUCUGGAGCUUCUUUCCGGAGAGCCAGGCGGCAGCUUGAGCGCAGAAGAUGCGGCCUUCACAGCGGCUGGCACGGCCGAGUGCCAGUCCAUGGGGAGCCGCCUCGGAGCAUUCGAUGCCGCCUUGCGAGAGCUGACCCUAAAGCAGUGCAUGCAGGAUGUCCAGGUCUGGCAGCACAGCUGCAGUCAACAUCCAUUGCUGCAGCUGGUGCUGCUGCACCAGGUCGGCUUGAAAGGUGGGCAUAAGGCGUGGUCGGCACUCGGGAUCAGCGAUGACUCGGUGUUGGACACUGUGGGACAGGUGGCAGUGCUGAUCGAUGGCCAGCACUUGGCAAGCUCGAAGAAGCUUGAAGAGUUUGACUUGAGACCAGCUGCUCGGAGCGUUCUGCGAGUGUUGGGAGAGGAGCGGAUCGCCUCGUCAGCGCAUGCCAUGACCGCCAGCCAAGCGCUGGCCCUCCACGGGCACUUCGCCGAGGCACUUCCCUCUUCGGCGUUGUUGCCGUUGCUGGAAGCGGCGCUCGCGGAUGCUGCAACGGCGCCCUUGGUGGAGGAGCACGUUCUGUCCCUUGCUCUGGCUUUGGAAGCUGACGGCCUGGCUGAGAAGUGCGUCUGGGAGAAGUUCGCCUUGCUCCUUACGCGCUGCUGGUCCAGUCUGGACAACAGGUCCCUGCUGGCGGCCAUGUUGGUUUUGCCGGAGCUCCUGAGAGCAGCACCAGGUGACCUGGAGUCAGCAUUGGUGCCUCUCUGUGAGACCAACUUACUGUCUUCCCUUCCAUAUGGCUGUGUUGUCUGGCUGCUGGACUCCUGGGCUUCGUGCGCCAAGGGGAAGCGCUUCCCCAGUUUGCUGGCGCGGCUGCUUCGGCCUGCCGUGGAACGCCAUCUGCUGGAUUUCGACGUCAGGAGGCUCAUAGCAGCCUCCCACAUAUUGGACACCUGUGAUGGUGACGGGGUGGUGGAUAUUCUGCUGUUCUGGCAGAGCUGGAUGGAGCAUUUGGUGUCCGAGUGCAAGGUGAAGACUUGGCGGUGGAGCAGAUGUCAAGAGGCAUUGCGGGAGGUGGCUCAAAGCUCAACUCUCCGUGAGACGCAAACUCCGAGCCUGGGGGACAUGAUCAUGGAAGGCAUUCUCCUGACGGAUUUGGUCCGGGCCAAGGAAGACUUGCCGUUGGAGCUGCUGCUUGAUGUGGGACGCCGCCUCCCCAAGGAGGCUCGAGGCGAGCUCCAAGGAGCCUUGCAGGAGCUGCUGUGGCACUGCCUCGCGGGACGCGGGGGCGGCUUGUCGCUCCUGAACGCCGUCUCUGUGGCGCAGGGGGAGACCUUUCUUCCAUGCGAGCCUGGUUCGAAGCUCUUCGACGCUCUCGUGGACCACAUCGUGAAAGUGCUUCGGAAGACGUCCUCAGCUUCCUCCGUCAGCUUCUUCUGCCGCUGCCGGCCAAGCCCGGCCUUGCGGCAAGCCGUGCUCACGAAGCUGAGAGGCUGCAUGUCCUGGUUGGGCAGCGUUGUGCGCCUUGAAGGCCCCUCACACCUGGAAUCGCCGGCUCAGCUUGAGCUGUUGAAGUGGGCUUGGGUAAGGGCACUGAGCAGUGCGAGCAGGCGACAGGUCAGAGAAUUGCCUGGGGGAGAGCACCGCCAGAAGUCCGCGCCCGGCGACAUGGAGCGGGGUCUACGAGUUCGUGCAAAGACAGGCCGGAUAGCCAAGACCUGCUCCCUGUGCCGUCCCUUCCGCUCCUUCGUAUCGCCGAUCGUCGCCAUGAAGCUCAACAUCUCGAAUCCCACCACGGGGAUGCAGAAGCUGGUAGAGAUCGACGACGACAAGUACCCGCUCUUCGACAAGCGCAUGGCCAGCGAGGUUUCGGGCGACUCUUUGGGAGAUGAGUUCAAGGGUUACGUCUUUCGCAUUGGUGGUGGCAACGACAAGCAGGGCUUCCCCAUGAAGCAAGGCGUGAUGAGCAACAACCGCGUGCGUCUCCUUUUCAAGAAGGGGAUGUCCUGCUACCGUGAGCGCCGUUCCGGCUGCCGCAAGCGCAAGUCGGUUCGAGGCUGCAUCGUGGGCCCGGACCUGGCUGUGCUGCACCUGGUGCUGGUGAAGAAGGGCGCAGAGGACAUCCCAGGCCUCACUGACGACCAGAAGCCCCGCCGCCUUGGCCCAAAGAGGGCCUCCAACAUUCGAAAGCUAUUCGGCUUGGAGAAGAAGGACGACGUCAGGCAGUUCGUGGUCCGCCGUGAGAUCAAGGAGGGCAAGAAGACCAAGGCACCCAAGAUUCAGCGCCUGAUUACUCCCCAGCUCCUCCAGAGGAAGCGCUACUUCAAGGCCAUCACCCGGAAGCGCAUGGAGGCCGGGAAGGAGGCCAAGGCCGCCUACGCCCAGCGCCUCAUCGAGUACCACCACGAGCAGAGGGAGGCCCAUGCGGCCGAGAUGGCCAAGAAGAAGAAGAAGAAGUCAAUCGGCAUCGAAGUCCUUUCGGCGGAAGCAUGGCUUGAAGCGAGUGGGGCGACGGCUCAAAGCGAGUGCCUCGCCCCGGCAAUGUCGUGGAUAGCCGUUCUCGCGGCUGCGACGGCCCUCUGCUCCUUUGGGCAGAGGGCCUUUCUGGCCAAUACAGCGGCGCCUACGCCGGCGACACCGGCAUUGCGAGGACGCGCCAGCCUUCGGAAUGAGAGCAGUGGGGCACGAGGCUUUGGGCUGGUCGUCGGAAGCGCCGCUCUAGCACUGGGAGUUUCUGUUGGAAGGCAAGAGAGGACCAGGAGUGCCACCUCGGUCCGUGCUGUGACAGAGGUAGCGCAGGUGAAGUUGUCCAAGAUCACUGGCGGGAAAACGUUUGUUCCGCCCGGCUUUCUCUUUGCUGGGGCAACAGUUCCGUGUCUUCGAGCCCUCCAUGUCUCGGAGCUGCGGGGGCGUGACUUGGGAACAUGGCGGUCGGCGAGAUGCCGUCCUGCGUCGCGCACCCCCAUGCUUGGGGCGCCCAAGCUUGGGCGGAGGCGAGCAGGGCAGGUGGAGUGGCACGUGACCCUGGACCUCUUGGCCGAGCUGCAGCUCCGCAGGCUGGGCGAGAUCACAGAGAGCGCGUGCACGAAGUCAAUCGGCAGUCGGUGGCGGCAUGCGCUGCUCCUACUCGCACACACUAAGUUGAAGUGCUUGCAGCUUGGGAUCGUCAGUUUCACUUCGUUCAUCCAAGCGUGCAGGCAGCAAUGGGAGGAAUGUGCUGGUCUCCUGAACCAAGUUGGCCAGGAAGGUUUGGAGAAAGACAUCAUCCUGCUCAGCGCAGCAGGCAGCGCAAUCGGGAGCUCUAAGUGGCAGGCAGCGGUGGCUUGCGUGAGGGCAGCAGGCACUUUACGGCUACAGGCAGAUGCCCAGAGCUGCAGCCUGGGAAUCAGCACAUGUGCCGCGGUGUUUCAGUGGAGGGAAGCUCUAGCUUUGCAGCAGGAUCUUCGUAGAGGCUUGCAAGCCGAUGCGGUGGCGUUUAAUGCCGCUAUCUGUUCUUGCCAGAAUACUGGAAGAUGGCAGCAGGCCUUGUGCCUGCUGGUUGUCAUGGAGAAGAUGGGGCCGUGCCCUGUGGUGAUAUCUUUCAGUAGCACAAUGGGGGCAUGCGUGCAAGCCACAAAAGAGUGGGGGAGGGCCUUGGUGCUUCUUCAGAUGCUUGCCAAUCACGGCAUGCAGCCUACACAAAUUGUGUACAAUACUCUUGCCGGUGCUUUGGGAUGGCACGGUGCCUGGCAGUUGUUGGCAGAUCUGCGCAAGAGACGUAGCUUCGACGUGAUAACAACCAAUGCCACCAUCAGUGCCUGCGCAAAGGCAGUCGCGUGGCGACAGGCGUUUUUCAUAGUGCAGUACAUGGGGGAAGCCCACUUAAAGCGAGAUGCGACAACGCUCAACACCAGCCAGACCGUCUGCCGGAAGGCUUUGCUGUGGCAGCGAAGUCUGGCCAUCGAGACCUGGAGGCAGGCGCUGAGCGUCGCUUCUGGGACUUGGGCCGCUGCCGCCGCUGCCUUGACCCACGCAGACGAGAAAGGCGACGAGGCAGCCUUGGGGACCACGAUCGGCUUCUGUGCCAAGGGCUCCGAGUGGUCCCGGGCACUGGAGCUGUUGCGGGGAGCCGCCAUCCUCGCAGUCCUCGUCAAUGAGAUCAUGCUCAACGCAGGCAUCCACGCCUGUCAGAGGGCCACCAGCCCUGGCCACCAGUGGCCUGCGGCCAUGAAUCUGUUUAGCACGAUGGCAGCAUGCCGAGUGAGCUGGGACGAUGCCAGCUGCGUUUCCCUCAUUGCUUCUGAGGACGUCGGCCGGUGGAUGCGUAGUCUUUCAUGUCUGAGCCUUUUCGAGAUGCAUGGGAGGCAUGGCUCUAUCACUGCACUCAAUGCUGCAGUCGGGGCUUUGGCUGCUUGUGGUGGGUGGUGCAGGGCAGUGUCCUUGUUGCAGGCUACUGCAGGCAAGCUCCGAGCCAACGAAGUGACCUUCAACAGUCUCAUCAGCUGUCAACGGCGGGCCGGCUGGCAGUUGUCAUUCUUCGCACUGAAGUCCCUGCCUCAACGGUCACUGCUUGCAUCGCUGCCCGCUUACAGCGCGACGAUAAGUGCUUGUGAGAGGGCUGGAGAUUGGCAGGGGGCCACGCUUAUGUUGCGUGAGCUUGAGGCAAGUCGCAUCAGGACCGACAGCAUAGCCUUUAACGCCGUGAUCAGCACUUGUGAGAAGGCUUCGGAAUGGCAGCGCGGGCUUAGCAUUCUUGACCAAAUGACUUCCCGGUCAGUUGAAGCAUCUGUAGUCACGUACAACGCUGCAAUGAGCGCAUGUGGGAAGGCAGAGAAGUCGGAAGUCGUUCUCGAGCUGCUUCGUCAUCUUGAAAGCAGCUCGAUGCUGCUGGACGUGGUCAGCUACAAUGUUGCCAUUAGCGCUUUCGGCCUUGCCGGUCGCUGGCGCAGAGCGCUUCAGAUGCUUGCAGCCCUCUCCCAGCCCUCUGCCGCCUCCUUCGGAGCAGCCGUCUCUGCUUGCGCCACGGCAGCAAAGUGGAAGCAAAGUCUCUUGCUCUUCACAGAGGCAAAGAGCAGGUCCUUGUCAACAGUCAUCACGCUGAGUGCGGCGGUGAGCGCAUGCGCCCGUGCGCAGCAGUGGAAGUGGUCCUUGUCGCUUUUUGAAGCUGCUGAGCGCUUCAACACUUCUCCAGACAUCGUUACAUGCAUUGCUACCGUUGCUGCCUGUGCAGCGGGCAGUCGCUAUGCCACGGUACAUGUGUUGGCAAAGUUGAUGUCGCGAACACACGAAGAGCUCGUCGCACGAAAGCCUAGGGCCUGGGCUGCUGCAGAGCAGGAAAACAGAGCCACGCCAGCCCCACCAGUGGGCCCUGCCAUUGGGGCCUUCGGCUUGAACAUCGCCAUGUUCGUGAAGGAGUACAACGCUUUGACUGCAGACAAGGUCGGCCAGACCUGCCCUUGCAUCGUCCAUGUCAUGAGCGACAAGAGCUUCAAGAUCGAGCUGAAGACACCGCUCACAGCUGCGCUCCUCCACAAGGCCGUGAAUAAACAAAAAGGCUCUGGCAAAGCAGGCACAGACAUCAUCGGCAGCAUCACCAUCGAAAAGUUGGAGGAGAUUGCGAAGAUGAAGCUGCCGGACUUGAACUGCGAGGACAUCACCCGGGCCAUGAAGAUCGUGCAUGGAACGGCGGUGGCCUCCGGCAUCAAAGUCGAAGGCUACGAGGAGUGGAUGGAGACCGCUGUGCCGAAGCCAAAGACAAUCAUGGACAGAUACGGUCCAGGAGUGGCCAAGUUGCCGGCACCAUGGGGCGAGGGGCCGCCACUGGAGGCUGCUGGAGACGAAGCAGCUGAGCCAGUUGAAGCAGCUGAGCCAGUUGAAGUCGCUAGACAGGAAACGCCGCUGCAGCUCCGAAAAGGCCAUGGCUCAAGUUACGGCCUAGCGGCCGCCAUGCGCCGCCUCCUGCAGACAAUACUUCUGCUGUUUUCGGCAGGGAAUGUCGUCGGCGUGACGACAUGUCUGCCAGAUGCAAUUCCAGAGGCAGAUAGACAGAAUGUGGUAGUAGAUGGAGAGUCGAUGCCUCUCGGCAUUUGGACUAGCAGCUUUGAUUCCUCCACGAUCGUGAGCAAGAUCUACGAGAUCAUUGCGCAAGAGCGGCUGGGCUACAACACACUCAUGGACUUCGGAAGUGCCAGCAAAAUACAGGUGUUUAAGCUUGCCGGGUGCGAUCAUGAUCCGAUUGAAAUGACGAACCUGGGGAAUUGUGGUCCUCCUCGUCGUUACCACAUCUCCCUGGAGUUCUGGUACGCGAGCUCGCCUUGGUGGAGUUCUUGGGCAGCGGAGAUGGGGGACUACACGCCGGUGAACCUCGGGAGCAUCGGCUACCCUGGCAAGGAAGGGAUGUUCAUCUUGGACCAGGCUGUGCAGAAAGCCUUGACAGAACGAGGUCUCGCGCUGGAGUACUACCGCUCCUACAAUGCCACAUGGUACAAUCCCGCUCUGUAUGCAGCAGUGGUUGCAGACGUGAGCCUGAACCAGCUGCAGACUUGCGGUGACAGCGUGGAGGGCUACUUUCCGGACAUUGCUACGGUGUACCUCGAUGCCACUGGCGACGUCGAUGGCGUGGAGGAGGUAAACGGCAAGACCGUGCUCAAGUGCUGGCAGGAUAAGUGGUGGCCAGCACCUGCUUGCCGGCACAACAUCUCUGGUUGCGUCACAGUGAUCUCCGGUGGCCCGGGAUGGGGAUGGCCUGAGAUGAUCCAACAAGCAUUCUUCCACAACAUGCCUUUGGCUUUUGCCACGGCGCAGGAAGUGCCAGUCAACUAUUAUAUCCCACUGAAUCGUCAAUUGCAAAGCUUGCUCUACUGGUGGACGCCCGAUACCAAGUUCACCCUGGACAAUCCUUCGCAGGUCAUUUUUCCACCCAACAGCCCCUCGGAGUACGCGAACCAGAUCUUCAAGACCCAGCGGGAGAAUGUUGACUUGACGAAUUGGGCAGCGGUUGGUGUGGAAGCCAUUGCAGAUCGGGCGGUGGCGGUUGCAAGGAACCUCUUUAUCGCCGACGACGAGCUUUCUUCGAUUCUGGUGCAGCACCUCUCCGCCACGCCUCCUGAUCCCUGGCAGACGGCUUGCAACUGGCUGAAAGCAAAUUCAGCCGUGUGGAUGGCUUGGCUGCCGAAUGAGACAGCAUGCACUGCUGGAAAGGGGCUAGUGAACUCCCUGGGUGAGCUUGUGGUGGACCGAUCGCUGGCCGUCAGCUGCCAGGUCUGCCCAGUGGGAACCAGCUCAAUGGAGCAGGGCUCCACACGGGUGUGCCUGCCGUGUGCAGAAGGCACCUUCCAGAAUUUGCCUGGCGAGUCCACCUGCAUUCCCUGCGAGCUCGGGAGAUUUGCCGACGGGACUGGUGCCGGAGAGUGUAGCGUAUGUGACCUGGGUGGAUAUGCCAACGACACAGGUAUGACUGCCUGUUUCAAGUGUGGCGCAAACACCACCCAGAUGGAUCAAUGGACGACUAGCAAAGCGGUGAUGAAUCAGGGAGAGAUAGCAUGGAUUCCAGUGCAGGGGGCAGUCUCAGAGUCUUACUGUGGAUGCGUGGAGGGGACAUACUACCACGAUGGGCUUUGCCGGCCCUGCGACGAGGGAUCCAUCUGCAGUGGAUCGAGCCGAAUCGAGCUGCUUCCAGGAUAUUUUUCGCCAGUGGAAGAGCCUGGAUCGAUCUAUCGGUGCUUCGGGCAACCGGAGCGCUGUCCGGGCGGACCUCCCGGCACGUGUGCUUCAGGCCGUGAUACCAGCAGCAUCGCCUGUAGCAGCUGUUUGCCUGGACUACAUGCCAAGGACGGCGUGUGCGUGGAGUGCGUUGGAGGCGAUUAUGCCUUAAUCGUGAGUGUUGCGAUUCUUGUAAUUGGCGCCAUCGCUGUGCUCUACAUCGUGCUCAUGAACGAAGGUCAGAAGAGCAGACAGCCUGGAAGUCUCUUGAUUGCUGCCUUGGGUAUGGGCCAGAUGGUAACCGUGGUGCAGCAGCUCACGGUGAUCCAGCAAUUCAAGAUCGAAUGGGGUGAGCCUUUCUCGAGCGUUCUGGUGGCCUUGGAGGUCAUGGCCUUCGACAUGGACAUGAUAUCGAUCAGCUGCGUUGCUCCCAUGAGCCCCGUGGUGAAGUUUGCCACAAGGACACUACUGGUUCUGGUCUUCUUUUUUGUCGCCGCGGUGGUCCAUGCAGCGUUCCUAACGGUGCGUAAGGCGAAGGGCCUGCAGCUGAGUCUUCUGGCGCGGACAGUGGGUACUCUAUUCAUGGUCUUCUUCAUCUCGCUCUGCUCCUCCCUUCUGGCGCCCUUCCGAUGCGACAGCCAUCCCAAUGGACUCUCCACGGUCCAGGCAUACCACGGCGUCUUCUGCAAUGGCAGGGACGAACACCUGCAGAUGGCACUGAUUGGGGGCUUCGCUUGCCUUUUACCCAUCGCAUUCCUUGUCCUCUGCAGUUGGAUCAUCUUGCGCGAGCUUCCGAAGCGCCUGGAGAGUGCGGACGUACAGUUCGUGAGGGCGUGCUCCUUUCUUUUCGUCCGAUUUAGGCCCGGAGCAGAGGUCUUCUCUGUGAUCUUCCUGGUGCGCAACAGCCUUGUGGUGCUGUGCCCCUUGCUCCCUUCGACCUCCGGCAAGGUGCUGUGCUUGAAUCUGCUCUUAUACGUCAGUCUGGUUGUGACGGCCUUCAGCAAGCCCUGGAGAGCUAUGGCGUGUAACUACUUAGAUGUCGUCCUGGUGACCGGCAUGCUGGUGAUCCUGGACAUGGGCUCGCUCUUUGUCGGAGAGGUCGAUGCCGAAAUCACAGUGGUGAUUUGCAUGCUCUUCUCAUCUUUAAUGGUGGCCGCCAUUCUGGGUGCUAUCCUCUACGGCAUCGUCAAGCAUUUCAUGCAGAAGUACCGGAAGCCGUUCCGGUUCUUCCUCUGUCACCAGAAGGUGGCGGCUGGGAGCUAUGCACGUCUGCUCAAGAUGGAGUUGCAGAAGCGAGGGUCUCGCUUCACAACCUUCGUUGAUUGCGAUGAUCUGAACGAUCUCACACGGCUCUUCAGCUACGUUGGCCAGGACACGGAGACCUUCGUCAUCCUUGGCAGCCAGGACAUCUUGACGAGGAAGUGGUGUGUGGGAGAGAUGGUAACUGCCAGGAUUCAGAAGGUGAACACCGUGCUGCUCAUGUGGCCUUCUUUCCUGAAGCCCGACAAAAUCUUCAUUGAGAAUUACACCAGCAUUGUCCCUGACAUUACCGAGUUAGCCAACUACAACAUCGGCAUUGCCGAGGUGGAAGAAACGCUGCGUUGGAUAAACACCGUCGAAGCCCUGGAAGUGCCGGCUUUGCUCAGCACGGACACCAUCGAUCAGAUUGUCAGCGGCCUGACGCAGACCAGCCGCACUCGAUCCAUCAGUGACCAGAAAGAUCAUCCGGACUGUCUCAUCCUGGCGGACCUGGAGAACAUAGAGGCAGCUGCGACUGCGUACAUCCUCCUGGCCUUAAUCGUGCCCAAGCUCAUGGGGGCUUCCAGCAAUUCGAUGCCGCAAGUGCUUCAGCAAAGCCGUGAUCUCCCACCUACAGCCAAAUCUGCACUCGUGAUCUGCUCGGAGGGAUGCUUUAGGUCAUGUGAGAUGGCGCAGUGGCUCUUGCAGGUGAGCCAGAUAGACUCCUGCGCCAUACUACCGAUCAUUGCGGAAGAUGGGUUCCGCUUUCCAACGCAAUCCUUCUAUGACGACCUCUCAACAUACUCUCAGCUCGAGAAGGUGGACCUCCGCACUUACGUCCGGGUGAUUAAGACAGUCUUCCAAGAAAUCGCAGUCGUCUUCUCACCCCAGAAUUAUUCUUCGACGCAGGAGGACUUGGAGCUCCGGGCCAAGCAGGUGGCCUGGCGGCUGCAGAGUGGAGCGUUGAAGUCUGUGUCCUCCAAGCUGGCGGGCAAAGAAGGAGGCGACGACGAGGAGCUGACGGCCUCGGAUGGGCUGAAAGAGUCUGCAAACGACAGCUCCAGUACGACGCUGGAUGCGGGCGAUGAUGCCCUGAAAGUACAUGAAGAGGCGUUCUAA